AUGGACCUCUGUGCAACAUUGCGGCAGCUUGAGGACUUUUUCAACGGCUGCCGAAACGAGUGUGACCAGAAGUGCGUCAUCGACAACCACGAGGCGCAAAGUGCUUUUCUGGCACUGGGGCACUGCUGCGUGCGCGCGCACGUCGAAAUCUUGCAGGGGCCGUCGCUGGGCACCCCGAACUUUACAGAGUCCUUCUGCCUCACAGCAGUUGUACAGGCUGAACAGGUCGUGCGUGGAGGCAACAAAAUGAAUGCAGCACGACCCAAGAAGCACGCAGAACUCGGCUGUGGCGAUUUCGAUUUUCCGUUGAGUCUGAGUCUGGGCUCGAGUUCUCGGACAGCGAUGACAGGCCUUGGUGCCCCUUGGCACGGCUUCUCCGCGCUCUAUGGGGGCUAUGUCCCUGAGGCCCCCUUGGCGAGAACUUUGGGUGCUGGAUACGGUACCGUCUUACGCGGCCUUCUGCCGGGGGCGUUGCCUUUACCCCGGGGCGCCCCGCUGUCACCGCGCUCCCCGCGAACCCGGCUGGGCGCCGCACGGAGCUCUGAGGGCCAGCCAGCACCGGCGGGAGCACCGGCGGGGACUUGGACGGUGCGUUUGUUGAAGGAAGCCUUGUUGGAGAGGCAGCUGCCCAGGACUGGCCGCAAGCAGGAUCUUCUGGAUCGGCUCCAAACUGCUUUGGACAUCGAGAAGAUGACCGUGACGAAGCUGAGAGCCCAGCUGGCCGAACAAGGCUUGGAGACGAAGGGCCUAAAGGCGGAGCUGGUGAAGCGCCUCACCUUCUCCUUGCUAUCCAGAGGCCAUGGCCGUCGCCAGCCGCCCGAAGCAACGGCCACGGCUGCCACGGCUGCCACGACGCCCAGGCAGACGACGGCCGCGGCUUUAGCUCCACGACCUCUUACAGCGAGCUCAGAGCUCGAGAUGCUGAGCAGCUCUGGCAGCUGGUUUCCGGGGCGCGUGCGGGUGGUGAUGGCCUUCGGUGUCUUCGUUGAAACAUCCUCGGGUUGGGGAAUGAUCCCGGCAGAGGAGCUGCCGCAAGAGUUCACCUCUGCGCGGCGGCGCCGUGUGGACCCCUCGGCCUUCUCUUUGGACGAGCCCGUCGAGGUAAAAGUUCUACAAGUCCACAUGGAUUCCGGCUGCAUGCUGCUGUCCAUGAAAAAAGAUUCGGCCACGCCACGAGAUUCAGUGAGGAGGGUGGGGAUCACGCGACAUGACAAGCUUGAGUCUGGACAUGUCAGUGCCAUCACUGCUCGGUUUUUUGGCUUCAGCUUUGGGCAAUGGAUUCCGGCCACGGUCGGCCGCACCGUCAAAGCCGUCAGCACCGCGAAGCGUCGCAUCGAACGCCGAAGCCAAAGCAUGGGACAGGGUUACAGGAAGGCAGAAUUCAUGAGCCAAAAAACAGCCAGAGCCAGAGCUCAGAAACUGCAGAUGCCGAUCGACUCCUUGGAGUUGGAGCUGCAGAGCACGCCCGUGCUCGGUUCCAACUUCCAGGCCCCAAGGCGCUUCACGGUCCUGGAGGCUGUGGGCCAGGGUGCCUAUGGCGUGGUCUGCUCUGCUAGGGAUGAGCACACGGGAGACACAGUCGCGAUCAAGAAGAUCGAGAGUGCUUUCGAUGACAUCACUUUCGCGAAGCGGACCCUGCGGGAGCUUAAGAUUCUGCGGCACCUGCGCCACGAGAACCUCAUAGAUAUUAGGUAUGUCUUCUUGCCUGGCUUGAAGUCGAGCUUCGAGGACAUCUACGUCGUUUCAGAGCUCAUGGAGACAGACUUGGCCUCGAUUCUGAAGAGUCCCCAGCCGCUCUCCGAUGAGCACUGCCAGUUUUUCAUCUACCAGAUCCUUCGUGGGCUGAAGUUCAUGCACUCGGCCGGUGUGAUACAUCGAGACCUAAAGCCGCGGAACUUGUUGGUCAACAGCAACUGUGACCUGAAGAUCUGCGACUACGGGCUGGCGCGCCUUGCGAUGAGCAACGGCGACUUCCGGCCGCUUACGGAGUACGUUUGCACUCGGUGGUACCGGGCACCGGAAGUUCUCUGCUCUUGGGCAGACUACGGACCUGCCAUCGACAUGUGGUCCCUGGGAUGCAUUUUCGCCGAGAUGCUCAGGCGUCGGCCUCUGCUUCCUGGGAAGAACACGCAGCACCAGCUGCAGCUGAUCAUCCAGAACCUGGGCUCGCCCGACGCCUCUGCCUUGAACAGGAUCAAGAACGAGAAGUGCCGGAAAUUCAUCGAGUCCCUGCCACGCACCCAGGGCCGCGCGGCCCUCUACGAGGCCGUAGGAACGGUGCCUCCCCUGGUGCUCGAGCUCUUGGACUCCACGCUUCAGUUCAAUCCCGAUCACCGAGUGACCGUGGAACAGGCGCUGGCACUGCAGUACUUGGAGCAGCUGCACUGCCCGGAGGACGAGCCCUCGAGUGCCGCGCUGGACUUGAGCGACUUCGAGUUCGAGCGCCGGAAGAUCGACCUCGCGGCCCUCCGCGAGGAGAUCUUCCUCGAGGCCCUCCGCUACCACCCCGAGGUGGAGCGACGGUACAAGCAGGAGCAGCUGCAGAUGGGCACGGCCUACGACAUCCAAGCAUACCGAUUGCUUGCGCCGGGAGAGUCGCAGUACGACGAGGACGAGGCGACCUGA